AUGGGGCCACCGGGCAAUAGGGUAUCAUGGGGCCCCUGUGUCCUCGCCUACACUCAAACCACACCCAAAAAAGCCUAUGAAAGGUACCAGGGGCAUCUCAUGGGGCCCCCUACUGACCCUGGGCCCUCGGGCAGUGCCCGAGUUUCCAAAUGGUCAGUCCGCCCCUGCAUCUGGCUACCCUGUCCUGUUAUUCAGCCCAGGUGGUGUAAGAGUACUCACACUGUCCUUCCUGAUAGAUUAAUAGGUUGAUGGUUGCCUUCAGGCCUCACUGGGCUGGCUCCUUCCCUGAUGCUCAGGAU